CCCUGAAAUUUGACGUAACAGGUUUUGAUAUUUGCCAAUCUAUAUCAAGUUUUCAAAUUUCUUUAUUUUCAAAAUAGAGACUAAAAUGAAGAAAAUCAAACCCAGAUAACAUUCCACCAUGCAGAAGCUACAACUAACCCUGGCCAUAAUCAAGCCACACGCUGUUAAAAAUCCCGUGGCUCUUUCUUUCAUUAGGAACGUAAUAAAAAAUAAGUUUAUAGUCAUAAAAACUAAACGGGUCUCCUUGGAUAAGGAAGCAGCUGGUAAAUUCUACAGCGAACAUGUUGGCAAGUUCUUCUAUAAUCGGCUGGUGACGUUCAUGACGAGUGGUAGUGUGGACCUGCACAUUAUGGGCCACUGUAACGCCAUAGAGCUGUGGCGCCGCAUGCUGGGCCCCACCAGCGUGUACAAGGCACAGUUCCAGCAGCCCUACUGUCUCCGGGGCAUGUUCGGCAUAUCCGACACCAGGAACGUUGCUCAUGGCUCUGAUUCUCCACCGUCAGCAGAGCGAGAGAUCAAAUUCUUCUUCCCGGAGUUCUCUUUCUACCAAUGGCACAAUGGACACGAGGUGCUGUACAGGAAAGGACCCAUCAUCUUCAACGAUCAUCUCUUUGAACAUGUCAGGAAACUGUAAAGAUCGGUUUUCCGAG